AUGAUUGUCUCUGGUGCACUGGCUCGACAAAUUAUACCAGAAAUUGAAGCAUGGCCACAGGUGGAAUCAAUUUAUGUGUUUUGCGGCGAUCAAUCAGUUCAUGAACAAUGGGUCAGAAAAAUAAGAAAGGUAAAAGGUGUACACACAAGCAUCGAACCGAUUUGCAAGGCAUUACAAAUCGAUCGUGAAAAUUGUGAUCGAGCUAUGAUCUCCAUCAGUUUUAAUGGCAUUGAUCCAUUAUUUAUGUACACGCAAUUAUUAAAAGAAGCACUAUUGGAUAUAGAAGAUGAUGAUACAGAAUCCGUUAGAGAACUUGCUGAAUACUGUCGUCUUCAAGAUGACAUUGAUGAAGACGAAAUUAGGAUGGUCGAAAAAGAAUAUUGUGAUCAUACACCAAUAUGGUGUAAUUGGAAUAAACUCACCGGAUAUAUUAAUAAAUACGGAUCGAAUCUCCAAACAAAAGUUAAAGAUUGUAUUUUUAUUUAA